AUGGCUAACAAUCAGAAUAUUAGACCUGCUGGAGCUCUCCCGAGUGAUACUGAGCCUAAUCCUAAGGCUCAAGUCAAUGCGGUUACCUUCAAAAAUGGAAGAACAUUAGAAGAAGUUUCAGAGAAAAAGAAGUAUACAGCUAGUCCUGAAGGAGAAUUAGUUCAUAAGCCAGUUGAGGAGAAUGAGAAAGAGAACAAAGGAUCAGAGCCAGUAAUUGUGACAAGGCCAUCACCUCCAUUUCCACAAAGACUGCAAAAGCAAAAAGAUGACGCUAAGUACAAGAAAUUCUUUGAUAUUUUGAGCCAAGUGCGUGUGAAUUUUUCUUUGGUGGAAGUUUUGCAGGAAGUGCCUAAGUAUGUAAGGUAUCUCAGAGAUAUUGUGGCAAACAAGCAAAGACAUACAGAGUUUGAAACUGUUGCACUUACUAAAGAGUGCAGUGCUAGAGUUCAGAGUAAACUUCCUCCUAAGAUAAAGGAUCCUGGGUGUUUCACAAUUCAUCUGUCUCUCGAAAAGCAAGAAGUUGGUAGAGCCUUGUGUGAUUUAAGGGCUAGUAUAAAUUUGAUGCCAUCCUCUUUGAUCAAGCAACUCGGAUUAGGGGUGCUUAGACCUACUAUAAUCACUUUACUGUUGGCAGAUAAUUCACUAGUUAUGCUAGAAGGAAUUAUUAAGGAUGUGUUUGUUCGAGUGGAAAAGUUUAUUCUUUCUGCUGAUUUUAUUGUUCUUGAUUACGAGGCAGAUGAGGAAGUGCCCAUUAUUUUGGAGCGAUUAUUGAUGUUAGGGAAGGGAAGUUGA